GCACGGUCUCACCCCUCCCCCUCCCAUCCGGGUCUAUCACGUACGUGCACGGCCUCACCCCUCCCCCCUCCCAUCCAGGUCAUUCACGUACGUGCACGACCAUACCCCUCUUAUCCUCACCCCCCUCCCACCGAUGUCUAUCACGUACGUACCCGACUUUCCCCCCGCAAAUUCCCAUGAAAUCCUUUUUACCCUACCCACCCUAUCACGAGCGUGUCCGACCUUACCCCACUCCACCCCCUCCCACUCCAAGUCUAUCACGUACGUGCACGACCAUACCCCUACCCCUCUUAUCCUCACCCCCCUACCAUCAAUGCAUAUCACUCACACCCCUGCAUACCCCGCCCAACCAAUAGCUCUAUACUAUCACGAACUUGCCCUUCCCUGCCCUGCCGCGCCCUGUCGCGCCCCGCCGUGUCCUACCAUCACAUCCAUAUCUAUAAUGUACAUACCUACACCUACCCUCCUCCCAUCUAUCACAUAGAUAUCUAUCCCACCUAACAUCGCGUACGUAACCGACUGCAGCCGACUGAAGAUCCACCCCCUCCCACAUCUUUCAGAAGUAAAUCCGAUGAAUCCGACUACCCCCACCCAACCUAUAGUUCUAUGCUCUCACAUACGUGCUCGACCAUGUCCGACAAUACCCGACAAUGCCCGUCAGUUAGCCCUACUCAUACCCCUCCCAUACAUAUCCCUACGAUCCUAUACCGUGUGUGAUCGAAAUAUUGUGUAAGAAUUAAUAAUGUUCUUGACCUUAUAAAAUGUGAAAGUAUACAACUUUUAAUUGCUAUUUAACGAUCUUCAUAAUGUAGUAAACAAAACAAUUAACCCUAUUUCAUCAUAAUAUUUUGAGUAUAAAUAAAGCAUAGCGUGGUCUAUAAUAUCGUCAGUAGUGAUACAAACACUUAACCAUCAAGUCGUUUUUCUCCAUACUUAAAAUAAUUUUUACACUAUCCGAAUAAAUUAAAUUAAUAAGUGUUUCUAAACAUGGCUGGCUCAAUUGUGGAUAAUGCAGCUAUAUACAAGAAAACCUUUACAUAUAUACCAUCGACGCCACCUUCAGAGCUCAUCGAUUCUACUAACUAUACGCUCAACUUCGUGAAACGUAAGUUUAUACACAUUGGGAUCGAUCCGAGUGAUAUGUUCAGAGUAGUAGUGCAUAUAAUAACACCAUCACGUUAUAUUAAUAUUACAACUGAGUUUCUAAAGCAGAUAUUUUCACUGAUGGGUAAUAUCAUAUCAUUCAUGCUAGAACAAACAGAAAAAUAUAAAAGAAUUAUAUUUCUUGAGACAGAGCAUUUCAAAUUAUCUAGCAUGAUGUAUAGUAGUGAAAACACCUUAGUAGUAGAGUCAAAGAUACAAGAUGGAUGCCGAAUUCUUUUAAAGAAUACAGAACUCAUACGACUUCAAUAUCUCGAAUGGUGUAUUUUUGAAACAAUUACACGAAAAUCAACUAUCAUGCAACCGAUCAUCUUAAAUCAAUUUGAAAUAUUUACCGAAUAUCUCGAUAGAGAACUUAUCAAAGGGAAAUCACCACCAAGAACGAUUGAAGAAAUGAUUAUAUUUAUUAAAAAUAUACGUGAUGAUCAUAUUAUUACAAACAGCCCCAAACAUGAUAUUAAUUUCAUCAGUCAACUCAAAAUGCUAGCGUUUACACAAUUAGCGGAACAUUCGAUACAACGAUGGAAUAAGGAAAAUAUGUCACCAGAGUUAUUUAAUGGAAAUUCGACAAUGAUUUCACCAUCCUCUCCACCAAACAUAAUAGUGAGCAAUACAUUUGAUGAUGAGGAGGAGGAGGAGGAGGAGGAUGUUUUCGAAGCAAAGUCAUAUGAUACAAUUGGUAGACUACUAGAAUCAUUUGAUGUAAACGAUGGUCCUGAUUUUUUCAACACGCGACCCACAUCUCUCCAACAUCAAUCAACAUACGCUUCGUUCCCAAAACCAUUACACGGAAUGAAAAAGAGCAAACUCUUUUAAAUAAUUGUAAUGAAUUAACAAUUUAUGUGAAAUAAAAAAAAAAAAAAGGCGGG